CCGCUUUAGAUUUAGGGUCGAGCUGUAAGAUCCGGUCCGGGCCGGUAUUAUGCUUGCGGCAUUCAUGAUAUACGUAAGCAGGCCUUUAUCAAUUGUACCUACAUAAUGUAUGUAAGAGUAAGCGCUAGUACUAUGUACAUAAUAAGUCCAUCAACUCGUAACCUUAUCUAUCGGUUUCCAUGAUACAUGCAUGGAAUCGACAAUACCUAAUGCGUGUAAGAUCCUUCUUUGUUCUCACGGUGAUCCUUGUAAGAAACAUGGAAAAAAGAAACAUGAAAAAAAGGAUGAAAAAGAGGCAGGUAAACAAACUUCUUGCCUCCCCUGUACGAAGAACUUACCAAUCGCUUAUGAAGUAUCCACGAUGUGGGCAUCUAACAUCAUGUUGUCUAAUAUUUCCUGGCUUCUGACGAGAGAUGGCCCUGUCAAAUUUUUUGGCGCCGAAAAAUAGUUCCUCUCCUGCCUAGCUCAAAUGUAAGCAUGGCCGCAUAGUGAUCUUUUUUCUUUUUUCUUUUUUUUCUCUUUUUUUCUUCUUCCUCCUCCUCUUUUCAUACGCCCGGGAGAUUUCUCUCGUACGUCCAAUUUUAUGUACUAUAUUUUACGGCAGCUCGGUCCUGAGGAUUACCUCGGAACUCGUCAAUAUCUUAAGCACGCCAACCUUAAGACGCUACUAGAUCCACCUAACGAGGAUGGCGGUUAGCGGACACGGUGGUGUUAGCUCUAGUGCUUCUAGUGCCACAGCGGCGCCUGUUACGAGCCAAGAGAAUAAUAUUAUCAACGAACCAGUAAGGCUGCCGCAUGAUGGCGCCGUGCCGUCACAGUCUGGUAUAACUUCCGACCCGGAUGGUCCGUUUCUGACUAGCCGAGCCGGAACCCUGUCCCCAACCCAAGACGACUCCUGGACGAGCAGCGAUGAAAAGGAUAGCGGUGGCAGGAGGAUGGAUGAGCAGGUAGAAGAAGAGAAGGGUACUAAAAGUCGAGAUUUGGCGAGGACUGAUACGAACAAGUCUAUCGCCGAAACGCUUUCCUUGCCUCGGGAAAUCCUAUUCAUUUUUGUCAUUUGCCUUGCGCAACUCUUUACGCAGGGUGGCCUUGGUCAAACCAUAAGCAUCAUCCACACCAUCGGUGAACAUUUCGGUAUCACGAAUCCUGGAGAACUAAGUUGGUUUAUGGCCGGCUAUAGCUUAACCAUAGGCACAUUUAUCCUUUUCUCGGGAAGGCUGGGCGAUGUCUUCGGUCACAAGACCCUGUUCCUUAUCGGUAUGGGUUGGUAUUCCGUCUGGUCCAUAGUUUGUGGGCUUUCCGUCUAUUCGAAUCACGUCCUUUUUAUAUUCGGUCGUGUUCUACAGGGAAUCGGUCCCGCUAUCAUCCUUCCGAACGGAUUGGCUAUCCUUGGUGUUACGUACGCACCCGGACGACGUAAGGAGAUGGUAUUCGCCAUUUUCGGCGCAAUGGCACCGACUGGCUCUGUCAUCGGCUCCCUAUUCGCUGCUAUCCUCGCUCUUGCCUGGUGGCCUUGGGCAUUCUGGGUUUUUGGCAUUGUUCUCGCUGCAACUGUCGUCAUAGGCUACUACGUAAUCCCGGAAGCUUCGAACAGGCAUCACGCCCAGCCCAAAGGCUUGAGGAAUAUACUACGAGAGCUCGAUCUUGUAGGGACAGCCCUCGGCGUGGGUGGUCUGGUCCUCGUCAAUUUUGCGUGGAAUCAGGGCCCAGUUGUAGGCUGGGAUAAGCCUUACGUUUAUGUUUUGCUCAUCGUUGGAUUGCUACUUCUUGCCGCCUUCUUCGUAUUUGAACUAAAAUUCGCUGAAUACCCUCUUAUCCCCUUUAAUGCCUUCUCCUACGAAGUAUCCUUCGUCUUAGCUGCUAUAACAUGUGGGUGGUCUUGCUUUGGCAUCUGGUUCUUCUACUCCUGGGAAUUCCUGCUCGUUCUUCGAAGAGUACCGCCCCUGUUGGCCACGGCCAUGUUCAUUCCAACCGUUAUUUCCGGAAUUUUCGCUGCCCUCUUCACGGGUUAUACUCUACAUCGCCUUAAACCGCCUAUGGUCAUGACUAUGGCUCUUGUUUUCUUUACGACGGGUAUCAUCAUCCUCGCGACCUGCCCUGUUGAGCAGGUUUACUGGGCCCAGUUUUUUGUCUCUGGCAUUGUCAUGCCUUGGGGGAUGGACAUGAGCUUCCCCGCCGGGACCCUUAUACUCUCCGAUGCGGUACCACGAAAGCACCAAGGCAUUGCUGCGAGCUUAGUUAAUACCGUAGUCAACUACAGCAUUUCGUUAGGGCUAGGCUUCGCAGGUACGGUCGAGACGCAAGUCAACAAUGGUGGGACAACCCCAGGAGAUAUCCUAAAAGGAUACCGAGGGGCAUAUUACAUGGGCAUCGGGCUUGCGAGUGCAGGCGUGCUCGUGUGUGUUGCUUUCGUUGCUAAAAGUAGGAGCCGAAAAGGUGCUGCCAACCAAGAUACCCCUUGAAAUUUUGUCAUAACCAGGACGGCUUUAUGCUACGUUACGUACCUAUUACUAUUCCCCUUCGACGUAUUGAGGUUUGAAGGAGCAAAGAUCCCGCAAGUUACCUUGUAUAACUCGAAUCUACUUGGUGAGCCCUGGGCCAUUUUCAUUAAUACUUAACGCCAAGAUACAUCGGCAGUAUCAAGAGCAACGCAAGUCAACUUAGACGAUCAAAUCUUACGGGGGUUCUGGAUACUGGGUACCUAGGUGGUAAUAUCUUUUAUCUAGGACAUGCGAUAUAUUACGCUACGUACCUAUUUACAUUUAUACUGAGAUCAUGAUGUUCGGCGGCGGCAACACUUGAUAGACCAUGGGCCUGCUGAAAAAUAGAGGGAUAGGCAUAUAUUGAUUGACACAAUAGAUUCCAGUACACCUAAAGGUACUUUGAGGAUCAGAUAAAUAAAAGCCGUUGCGGCUUCUUUCGUCGUA